CCCCUCGUCCUGCCUCUCCGCCCCGGCGCGGCCCUGAGCUUUGGUUCCCGCGCCCCGCCAGUCCCGUAUGUUUUUCCGAGGGGGCCUGGUCGCCUUCUCGCCUUGUGUACGCGCCCUCCGGCCUGGUCCUGUCGCGGCCAUGAACACCGGCAGUUUCGUUGUGUCGCAGCCGCUCAAUUACCGUGGCGGGGCCCGCGUGGAACCGGUGGACGCCUCCGGCACCGAGAAGGCGUUCGAGCCUGCAACCGGCCGAGUGAUCGCUACCUUCGCGUGCUCAGGAGAGAAGGAAGUAAACUUGGCUGUCCAGGAUGCAAAGGCUGCCUUUAAAAUAUGGAGUCAGAAAUCUGGCAUGGAGCGUUGUCGAGUUCUUUUGGAGGCUGCCAGGAUAAUAAGGGAACGGAGGGAUGAAAUCGCCACCGUGGAGACCAUCAACAAUGGAAAGUCCAUCUUCGAGGCCCGCUGGGACGUCGACACCUCCUGGCAGUGCCUGGAGUACUACGCGGGCUUGGCUGGAUCCAUGGCUGGUGAACACAUCCAGCUCCCAGGCGGAUCCUUUGGUUAUACCAGAAGAGAACCACUUGGCGUAUGCGUGGGAAUAGGCGCCUGGAACUACCCCUUCCAGAUCGCCUGCUGGAAGUCUGCUCCCGCGUUAGCGUGUGGUAACGCCAUGAUCUUCAAACCCUCUCCCUUCACGCCGGUGUCUGUGCUGCUGCUGGCUGAAAUCUACACGGAGGCCGGCGUGCCCCCUGGGCUCUUCAACGUGGUGCAAGGAGGGGCCGCCACGGGCCAGUUUCUGUGUCUGCAUCGUGAUGUGGCCAAAGUCUCCUUCACUGGGAGUGUGCCCACUGGCUCGAAGAUCAUGGAGAUGGCAGCUAAAGGAAUCAAACCCAUUACCUUGGAGCUGGGAGGCAAAUCUCCCCUGAUCAUCUUCUCCGAUUGUGACCUGGAGAACGCCGUGAAGGGAGCGCUGAUGGCCAACUUCCUCACGCAAGGCGAGGUUUGUUGUAAUGGCACAAGAGUAUUUGUGCAAAAGGAAAUUCUCGAGAAAUUUACAAAGGAAGUGGUGAAACGGACGCAGGGGAUAAAAAUUGGAGAUCCCCUUCUGGAAGGUACAAGGAUGGGCCCCCUCAUCAACCGUCCACACCUGGAGCGAGUCCUUGGGUUUAUUAAGCUGGCAAAAGAGCAGGGUGCUAAAGUGCUGUGCGGUGGAGACGUCUUCGUACCUGAAGAUCCCAAGUUAAAGGAUGGUUAUUACAUGAGACCUUGCGUGUUGACCGAUUGCAGAGACGACAUGACCUGUGUGAGAGAAGAGAUCUUUGGACCAGUUAUGUCCAUUUUAUCAUUUGACACUGAAGCUGAGGUUCUGGAAAGAGCCAACAAUACCACUUUUGGCCUGGCGGCUGGUGUCUUUACCAGGGACAUCCAGCGUGCCCACAGGGUGGUGGCCGGGCUGCAGGCAGGGAUGUGCUUCAUUAACAACUACAACGUCAGCCCGGUGGAGCUGCCCUUCGGUGGAUACAAGAAGUCAGCCUUCUCUUCCUUCCAGGGUUCGGCAGGGAGAAUGGCCGCGUGACAAUUGAGUACUAUUCACAGCUGAAGACCGUGUGUGUGGAAAUGGGUGACGUGGAAUCUGCCUUUUGAACAUACGCGGCGAGCCCCGUCCGCGUGGCCACGCGUGGAACGGCCGCUGGAUCUCCAGGGGGCCACACGGCUGCCUGGGUUUCACACCCAGAAUUGUGUCCUUCGGGAUAAGAGAACGGCUCGGUGUUCUUCCUUCCUCACCUCUCAGUCCCCUUCCUGAUGGAAAAUUUGCCCAAGCGCCUUUAAGACAAGAAAGUGGCGAUUUUCUCAAAGCAGAUUUCUGCAAAAUCUUUAACACGCUUCUGGAGAACAGGGAGAGGGACCAGGAUUAUACUUCGUCCACGGGUUUGACCCGACAGUGCUCCUCCUCCGGCUUGCUUCAAAGUAGAGCUUGUUUCUUGCUUCCUGACAGUUUUGAGCUCUGGCUCCGUCAUGGAUUGCAUUGCGAGAGCUGACAGUCGGGAUGGAGAUAAUAGCCAGGGUCAUGUUCUGUGUGAUGGUUCACUUGCCAAAGUAAGCCCUUUGUUUCCACUCAGUGCUGGUGUCCAGUCCUUGAACUACAGCUUUCUCCCUUGAUAAAUA